AUGGCUCUUCCACCUGCCGACAACACGAAGAUCACUGACGCCAAUAAAUUGGCCAAGACAGAGCCCGCAAAAGCAGAGAGCAUCUACAAGGAAGUUCUGGCAAAGUCACCCGGCUCCAAUCAAGCUGCUCUUCAAAAUUAUGAGAAUGCUCUCGUCGGACUGGGAGAACUCUAUCGAGACAAUAAGCGAUCUGAAGAUCUGGCUCAGCUGGUGAAGACAAGCCGGUCGACGUUAUCUUCGUUCGCCAAAGCAAAGACAGCAAAACUAGUUCGCCAAUUACUUGACUUCAUCGCCGAGAUUCCCAACACCUUGGAAUUACAGAUCGCGACCACCAAGUCAUGUAUCGAUUGGGCCAACUCGGAAAAGAGAUCCUUCCUGCGUCAAAACCUCGAAACGCGACUGGUCAGCCUCUACAUGCAAAAACAAUCCUACUAUGAUGCUCUCACUCUGAUCAAUAGUCUACUGCGAGAGUUGAAGAGGUUGGAUGACAAACUCGUCCUUGUAGAGGUACAAUUGCUGGAAUCAAGGGUAUACCAUGCCCUUACGAACCAGGCCAAAGCCCGAGCUGCAUUGACCUCUGCGAGGACAUCUGCCGCCUCUGUCUACACACCUCCACUGUUACAGGCCGGAUUAGACAUGCAGAGUGGAAUGCUGCAUGCUGAAGAUCAGGACUUCAACACCGCCUUCUCAUACUUCAUUGAAGCUCUGGAAGGAUACCACAGCCAGGACGACACUGCCCGGGCGACUUCUGCAUUACAGUACAUGCUGUUGUGUAAAAUCAUGCUGAACCUUGGAGACGAUGUCACCAAUCUGUUGUCCUCAAAGCAGGCACAGAAAUACGCUGGCACCAAUCUGGAAGCCAUGAAGGCAGUCGCACGAGCACACUCGAAUAGAUCACUGGAAGAAUAUGAGCAAGCACUCUCCAAUUACCGGUAUGAACUCGGUAGCGACGUGUUCAUCCGCAAUCAUCUCAGACGGUUGUAUGAUGCUAUGCUGGAACAGAAUCUCAUCAAAGUGAUUGAGCCUUUCAGCAAGGUCGAAAUCGAUCACGUUGCAAAGAUGGUCGGCCUUGAUGUGCAGCAGGUGGAAAGAAAAUUGUCUCAAAUGAUCCUCGACAAGGUCAUCGUUGGCGUCUUGGACCAAGGAGAGGGAUGCUUGAUCGUGUACGAUGAGGUGGAAAGAGAUGCCGGUUACGACGCGGCUUUGGAGACAAUUGAAAAGCUGAGCAACGUGGUCGACGUGCUCUAUACCAAUCAAGCAGCGUUGUUAGAGUAG